UCCUCAAUUUUCCGCUUAAGUAUUUGCUGUUUCGAAAAACUGCAAAAACCCAUAGCUUUUUUGUUGUUGUUCCAUUUAUAAAUAUUGUAACUUAAUUUGCGUGGUCAAUCAGAAAAUAAAACAUUAAUGUGCAAUCUAUUGUUGUUAAUGUUUGAAAUACAUGUCUCAAAUUCUCAGUGAAUUGUUUCUUUCCGGGUUUAUGAUAAAUUCUACAUAUAGAAGAAGGACACAUUUAGUUCAAUCAUUUUCAGUUGUUUUUCUUUACUGGUUUUAUUACAUUUCAUGAUUAUUGUGCUCCCUUAGUUUUAUUAUCUUACUAUAAAACCAGCUUUAUUAAUAUAACUAAUAGUUAAUAAUAAUUAUAUCAACUUAUAAUAGCAUUAUUAUUUAUAAUCUAAUGGCUUCAUCUAGUGGUACUACUAUUACUACAACAUCAUCAGGUGGUUCGGGUUCAUACCAGAACCAAAAUCCAGGUUCUGAAGAGGAUCUUCAGAACCUGAUGGAUCAGAGAAAAAGGAAGAGAAUGAUAUCCAAUCGCGAAUCGGCUAGGAGAUCAAGAAUGAGGAAGCAACAACAUCUAGAUGAGCUAACAAGCCAACUGAGUCAGCUCAGGAAAGAUAUCAACCAGGUCAUAUCUAGUGCAAGUAUCACCACACAACAUUAUAUGAGUGUGGAAGCUGAAAACCGUGUCUUGAGAGCUCAAGUUGCUGAGCUAAGUAACCGUCUGCAUUCGUUGCACGAGAUUAUUGCCUUUUGUAGGUUUGAUGAGGACAAAUAUUGCAACGAAAAUGGAGAUGUCGUAGGUGGAGCAGGAACUGCAACUAGUUUUGGAACUGACUUUGUAGACGAGUUCACGGUUAACUCACUGAGUUAUCAUUAUGCUAAUCAGCCAAUCUUGGCUUCCGCAGACUACAUGAUUCAAUACUGAGAAUGAGUCUCCAAAAGUGUGGGGGUGGGGAUCAUGGGGGUAAUGUUAAUUAUUAUGAAUAAAAAGAUUUGUGUACAAAUUAAAAGAGAAUGAAGAUUAUGGGAUGAUUUAUGUGUACAAAUAGCUAUGAUUGUAAUGCAUGUGGACCAUCUAGUUAAAGAUAUAAUGAUUGUCGCUAUUAAUAAUAUUAUCGUUAUCAUAA